GCAUUCUGUUACUUUCGGAGCCCAGGCGGAUCGCCAACUGCUACAUAAGUGACUUUCACAUUGACGCCGUAGUUGGGUUCCACUUGAAAUGCCUCUACAGAUUCUCAGACAUGUGAGGCUCCGUGUGGCACCACAAUUACAUUAAGUUGUCGCUCAAGUUUUGCAUGCAGCUUCAUUGUGACAUUGUAUGUAUCUUGUUUGCAAUGUGCGGGUGCAUUGUCUUGAGUCGCGUUCUCUUCGACUUUAGGCUUUCAGUGUCGGAGUAUUCACUCAUGGAGGGAGCUUUGUGUGGUGCCCCGAUGAGUGUGUAAUCUGGGGUGGCUCGAUAUUGUUGCAAAUGCAAUUGUAAUUGUCUGUACUGUACCUGUAGCAGUGGUGACGUCAAAUGUCAAAUGACUUAGUUAACGUUGACGGAUGCCGUUCGCACUUGUUCUCCGAGGUUGACCCGACGAGGCAAAUGGCGUGCGUUGAAGAGGAAGAUGAGAUUACGCAAAUGUUCUUUACAUUGUCGAUGGAUUGGAUUGAGUGAGACUGUAGAAAAAGGUGGGUAAAUAAUGGCCGACUCGCGCUCUGCCAAAGAUGCCAGGGGCAAUCCAAUAAGGGAGGUACGAUUUGGAGGAGAAGCAGAAGUUUCGCCUGAAGAAGAGGAGCUUCGUCAGCCGGCCCCUCUACCAGAAUGGUCCAUAAAUUGGACAAGCUUGGGUAUCCGCAUAGAGACGCUUUUGCCUGUAGACCCUGAGACGCUGGUGAAUACGACGAAUGUAGUCGGGAGACCUGCUUUUAGUAUGGAAAUUGUAGACGUGCACGUCUUGGUCGCUGAGGAGUUGGCGAUUGAUCCUCCAACAGAGUUGGGGGAGAAACUGAAAGCUGCGCAGCGAAGUCUCUCGUGGACAGAGACGAGGAAUGCCGUAUUGAAGAGCAGCGCAGGAUAGCGAACGCAGAAACUUGCAAAUUGAACAUCAAGGUCUUCCUCACUAUCUUGUGCUUAGACUCUCCAUAAUGUCUUCUUAGGAAGAGUUUGUUAGGAUGCCUAUAUCAUGCAAACGUGUGGCCAACUGGUUACAUACAUGGAACAGGAAGCCAAGGCCAAAGAAACAGAAGCUAGACAACGCUUUGAGGAAGGCAUGAGUCAGAUUAGAGAAUUUGAACAAAGAGAGAAUGAACGGAAAGAAAGAGAGUCAAGCUCGAAUUUCAUUGCUACAGCUGCAGCCACUGCAGCUGCCGCAUUGGGAGGUGGUACAGGAUCUAAACUGGGCUCUAAAGCGGGCUCUAAAAAGGCAUCUGCAAAGGCACCCCCAGUUAAAAGCUCGAAAGUGGGAUCCAGAGUUGCACCAGGUGCCCUUCAGACGCAAAUAAUCACGUGCAAUUAAGUCUCUACUGUUUUUGACUAACUCAAACACAGUAGUGGGGCUAUUUUUAUUUUUAUUUUUAUUUUUUAAAAACAUAAGUGAGCGUUUUAGAAGGGACUUACACUCCUUUUUUUAUUUGUCUUAGUUGUGAUCUGAGGGAGAGCAGCUCCGAAUCGUCUAAUUUGACAAUUAAGUCAAGCAAUCCACUUCUGUGCAUACUCUAUUGUUACAACCACCUAGACAUGAAUUAGGAGGAAGUUGUUUAGGCCGGGUAUGAAAAUCCUGAAAGUGUUCUAGCAAAUUUCAACUCUUGUUUUCUGUCAUCUUUAUCCUUCUUGAUGCUGUGCUAUGAGAUAAA